ACCUAGGUACUGUGUUUGGGUCGCUUGGCCAAUACGACAAGGCUGAAGAGUAUCUCCAAAAAGCGCUUGUCAUCAGAACUGAAAUUGGCCACAGAGAAGGGGAGGCAACUGACUACGGAAACCUUGGAAUUGUGUUUAGAACUGUUGGUGAUUUUGAAGCUUCGGAAGUAUGCUUGGAGAAAGCUUUAUUGAUAUUUAGAGAUAUUGGAGAUGGAAGAAAAGAGUUUGAUAUCCUUCUAGGCUACGCCGUUUUGUAUUUAUAUCAAUAUAAAAUCAAAGACUCCUUGUUGUAUCUUCAUCUGUGCAUUGAAAAGUAUGAGGAGCUGAGAUAUUUCUUGGGUGCCAAUGAUCAGUUCAAAACAUCAUUUUUGGAGCACACAGGAAUGUUCCCCUACAAGCUGCUUUGUACUUUGCUUUGUGACACCGGAAAUGCUCGGGAUGCUCUUUAUGUUGAGGAGUUGGGUCGAGCUAGAGGCCUAUCAGACUUAAUGGCAGAGAAGUACUCGGUUGAAACGCACAUCUCUGCUAAUCCACAAUCUUGGGUUGGCAUUGAGAACAUUUUAAGAAAGAAAAAUAACUGUACUUGUCUGUACAUUUCUUAUUUUCAGAAUCGUCUGCAUUUGUGGAUCUUGAAAACAAGUGGAGUCCUUCACUAUAGAAGAGUAUCACCAGAAGAGAAUCUAGUUCAGGCCGGGUUGCCUAAAGAUUUGUCUUUGAGUCAAUUUUUGGAUGAUAAUUUCCGGAGUCUUGGUAUUUUGCCUACUAAAGAUUGUGAAGAUCGGUCUUUAAAUACGAUUAAAGUGCAACCUCUCUUCCCCGCACAAAAGAGCUCAGCAAGAUUGCGACUCAUGGAGGAGGACGAGGACGAGGACGAGGACGAGAAAGUGAUUUUAAGUCUUUCUUUGUGUUACAAAAUGUUUAUUGCUCCCGUUAAUGAUUUUCUUGAGGAGCCUGAAGUCAUUAUUGUUCCUGACCGCAGGUUGUACAAAGUUCCUUUUGCUGCCCUGAGUGAAAAGGAGGGAGCCGAAUACCUAUCGGAGACUCAUAGGAUCCGUGUCAUUCCUUCUUUGACAACGCUAAAGAUCAUCCAAGAUAGUCCAGAGGACUAUCACAGCAACACUGGUGCCUUGAUUAUAGGCAAUCCCAAGGUUGAUGGGCUGCAACCAUUGCCAGGUGCAAGAAAAGAAGCGGAGAUGGUCGGACGACUGGUGGGUGUUCCACCUCUAGUUGAAGAGAAAGCAACGAAGCAGGCGGUACUUGGGCGGAUAAGUUCAGUGAGCUUGAUACACUUUGCUGCCCAUGGUAAUGCGGAAAGAGGAGAAAUUGCACUCUCCCCCAUUCCUACUCCCAACAGUGGAAACGCUAUCCCACCGCAGGAAGCUUACAUGUUGACGAUGGCUGAUGUCUCACGAGUGAAAGUCAGAGCUAAACUGGUGGUACUUAGCUGCUGUCACAGUGGAAGUGGAGAGAUAAGAGCCGAAGGAGUUAUAGGAAUUGCCCGUGCGUUCUUAGGAUCUGGUGCUCGCUCUGUAUUGGUAGCGCUGUGGGCCAUUCCAGACUCAGCUACAGAGAAGCUGAUGGGUCGGUUCUACGAACACCUCAUUGAAGGAGAAAGUGCCAGUGAAUCCCUUCAUCAGGCCAUGAAGUGGAUGAGAAAAAACGGCUUGAACAAAAUGUCUGAGUGGGCGUCGUUUACGCUGAUUGGAGAUGAUGUGAGACUCGAGUUUGACAAGCAGCGGCAAGACUCAGUGAGAACAGGAAGAAAGACCCGACAGAGUAAAUAAUGACAAGAACUCGAAGGGAACAGAGCAAAAAGACUUUUAGAUGGAUAAAUUAAAUAGAAACAAGAAGAGAAAAUACUCUAUCCAGUAUUUCAUUGAC